AGAUGUUCAAAUGUUAAUUCUAAAAUUUACAGUCCAAUGCCGCAUGCUGUGUGCCCACCUCUCAACGACCACGGAUACUUGUGUGGUGACUCGUGUGUGUCUAACUCGCAGUGUGGAAAUGACAAGUACUGUUGUGAGGUCAACUGUGGCAAGACUUGCCUCACCAGAGUUCAGCAAACACAAUCCGCCUUCUGUCCUCCCAAAGACCGGUCCAUUGCCUGCUUCGCCUUCAUCCACGCUUGCAACAACGACGGAGAGUGUAACAGGGAUGGUCGACGGGGCUACUGCUGUUUGGAACCUGCUUGUGGCCGGCGGUGUGUUCAGGUGUAGCAUUUUUAUGCACUCCCCCAGUAUAUCCACUCCCAGUCAUUUAUUAUACGUAUAAUUUUCACUCUCCCAGUUAUUAUUAUACGUAAAUAAUGCACACUCCCCUUGGAUUAUUUGCACUCCUCCAGUUAUUAUUAUACGUAUAAUACACAUUCCUUUUGAAUGACUUGCUUUCCCUCACGGCUGGUGCUUAUGCUUGAAUUCUGUUGAACACAGCAAAUAAUAUAUACCAUGCUGUGUGUCUUUGGGUGCUGUUUUAUGAGUAAAAUACAUAAUGAGUAUGUGUAUACAUGUGGAUUCAUACACAUAUAUGAAAAACAUAUAUUAAACAGUAUAAAAGAACUUUCUUCACCACCAAUACUGAUUCAAAUACAUUCACUGUAGAGGUACUAAUAAACAGAUUAACUUAA